AUGUUCGUUGAUGAAAAACAAACAGUUGGAAUUGAUUUAACCGAAAAAUUAUUGCUAAAGCUUGCGGGAAUGACGAAAGAAAAUAAAGCACACGAUUUUAACCGGACCACGGUCGUGUGCAAAGUAGAGGUUUGUUUUUCGGAAUUUUGCGGAGUCAGUAAUUAG